UCGGCGAGUGGCCACAGAGUAAUUUCAGUAAGUCAAGAUUCUGUUCUGUGGAUGACUGACAGCUGACACAUUGCAGUAUUGGUUACCCUACGGACCUUUUCUCGUAUUUUUAUGUAAAAUGGAAAGGAAAACAAGAAAUCCAAUGGGGGCAAAGUCAAUUUGUAGAUGUUGCCUAUCAGAAGAGGCGUGCAAAGAUUUAGACACCCCGUACGAUUGCAUAGAUACUAAGGAAGUCUACUCGGCAAUGCUCAAAAAGUGUUUUGAUAUUAUGCUCUCAGAAAAUGUUACCAUCAAAUCCGGUAUCUGUGACUCCUGCAUACAAAAGUUAAGAGAAUGUCUUGGAUUUAAGCAACAGGUUCUGAAGUCGGAAAAGGCAUUUUUGAAAAUGCUUAUUGAUGAGGAAAAGAAAUAUAAAAUUGAUGUUAAAGUGAAGCAAGAAGUGAUUGACCUGGAUAAUGACAUGGACAAUAUGUUUCUUGAUCUAAAAGAGGAGUACAACGAUGAUGAUGAAGACGAUAAGAACCUGGCGCUGCUCGCCAUCGAACAGAUCAACUUGAAGCACAAGUUCAACAAGGAUGUCGUUGUUAAAAAAGUGGCCAAGAAAAGUAAGAGUGAGAACCAAAAAAGCCAGAAGCCUCUCAAACUAGUUACAAUUAAACCCUCUCUGCUGACAGCGAGCUUCGCCACUGAAAUGAGAAAACACUUCCAUAACACAGAGAACCUCAUAAAGUACUCCAAUGCACUGCCAUUCUCAAACAAAACACUACAGGGAUACAUAUGUGCGUAUUGCAAGAAUACACAACCCGACUUACAUAGCCUGAGGCUACAUACGUCUGCUGAACACGCGAAACACAAAAUAGACUAUCACCAAAGACACUCAAACGAUCUUGGCAUCAAAAUGGAGAUUUCCGACCUCAAGUGCAAUGUUUGCGAAGAAAAAUUCGACGUGAUCGCCAACCUAAAAGCUCAUUUGGCCAAACAACAUAACGUCGCGUUUCACAUGGACGUCAAAGAUUACGUUCUAGAGUUCAAGUUAAAGGAUAAUGAGAGGUUGGACUGUGCGUUGUGCAAUUCUACUUUUGAAACGUUCAAAAUGCUGUUGCAGCACAUGAACGGCCAUUACCGGAACUACAUAUGUGAUGUGUGCGAUUUAGGAUUUAUAAACCAACUACGUUUAAAAAACCAUGUGCGUAUACAUGAGACUGGUAGUUUUAAGUGCUCGUUUUGUGAGAAAGUGUUCACGACAAAGUUAAAACUUCGCUGUCACGAGAAGUUUGUUCACGAGAAAAACACAAGAAGAUAUAACACUAAGUGCCCGCAAUGCGAUGAGACAUUCGCGAAUUACUACCAAAGAAACAGGCACAUGCUUACCGAACAUAACAAGAACGCUGCCAACUACAACUGCAAUAUCUGCGAAAGAGUAUUCCUCAUGAAAUCCAAACUUACCAGUCACAUAAAAAAGGUGCACCUAAUGGAACGCAACCACGUGUGCAAUGAAUGCGGGCAUACAUUCUUUUGGAAGAGAUGUCUAGAAGAGCACAUGAUAAAGCAUAAAGGGGAGAGGAUAUACCAGUGCAAUGUUUGCACGAAAGCUUAUGCGAGGAAGAAGACGCUUAGAGAGCACAUGCGAAUUCACAGUAACGACCGUAGGUUCAAGUGUGGUGUGUGCGGUUGUGCUUUUGUGCAGAAGUGUAGCUUGAAGAGUCAUAUGUUGUCAAAUCAUGGGCUAGCGUUGGCCGAAUUCGAAAAUGGGGUUAGAAUAGACAAUGGUCAUAAUUCUAUUGUAGUCCAACAAGAUGUUAUGUAGGAAGGUGAGAUAAUUGUUUUUUUUAAACGCGUAGAGAGUUUUUAUUGUCUUUUGAAUCCUACAGACUAACCCCCUUA